AUGACCGAGGGCCAGAUUCGCGACAUGUGGGCCGUCAACCAGGUGCCACCCCCAGUGGUGGAUUACUGCGUCCAGAGUGACUUUGCCUCGCGAAAUGCUUCUCAGCACGUAGGCAGUCAGUUUUGGCCGCUGCCGUUGCCGUUGCCGUUGCCGUUGCCGCCGCUGCACCUCGCUCCUCGUCGCGCGCGCGUUGCCUCCUCUACCACAAGCAUGGGACGAAAGCCCACUCCGCAGCCACUCAUGCUGCCAGACUCGGCUGCUGCCCGUCUCGCCCGCGACAAUCUCAACACCACCGAACCUGCCGCCUCCAACACACAGAGCCUCGCCUCCAUCGACGCCGUAUCUGCCCAGACUUCCCUCGACCAGCGCUCUUUUCCCCUCCACCGACCACACACCGCACGCUCGCCUCUCCCGUCCCCAGACCACGACACCGACCCUCGCCAGCAUCGCGACAACUAUCCUCUCCCCUACUCUUCUGGCACAAAUCUCGACUCUCUUCCCGCUGCUUCUCAGCAGUCUUCCCGCCAACCACAGCCAGACGGCAGGAAGCCUUCGCGAACCGGCUUCUUUCACUUUAGCAAGGGGUCUCGGGUGGCCACGCAACCCUUGCCCCCAACGCAGCCUUUUUCUGCCAAACAGCAAGACCACGUCGCCUCCAGCACUCCCGAUCCUAUUGCCACUGAUCACCCCCAAGUCUACGCACAAGACGACCUUCAGCGUCCGAAUCUGCCAUUCACCUCCCAGUCACAAGUCUCACUUUCCUCCGCCGGUGAUACCGAUAGCGCCUCAACGGCUAGUGGCAAGCCACGCAAGACGAAACCGUUUGGCCUCCUAGGACGCUCCAGAUCUAAUCGCGACAAGGACCGUCCCAGUCCCAAGCUAGCGCCCGCUACUCUCCCGAAUACGCCCAGCAUUCCCGUCUCGUACGACAGUUUCGCUCCUUUGAGGACUGCGCCGGUAGCUCAGGAUCGCGCUUUCCGCGAAAUGAUGAAUUCCAGCAUUCGAAACCGCUCUGAGGACCGUGCUCUCCCUAGGAACGGUACCGCCAGCCGCGAAAAUCUUCGCGACCGUGAUCGGGACAAUCAGCAAAGACUGCAGCCUCCCACUUACAAGGACAACGGGAGCUCAACUUUCCUUAGUGGCUUACGUGGCUCCCGCGCCGUCGACAUUUUUAGUAAAGGUUUGUUUGGCAAGAGCACAAGGAGCGGCAGCACAACAGAAAGAGAAUCCAUCGUCGAUGACGAGCACUACGUUUUGAAAGUCAUCAAUCUUCCUUUGAUCCAACAGACGCGGCGUACUCGCAUCUCAAAACGACUCGAGCAUUCACGCGACAAGACGGAAUUCUGGAUGCCCGCUUUUCCCUGGCGUGCCAUCGACUACCUCAAUUACAAAGGCUGCGAUGUAGAAGGUCUCUAUCGUGUCCCAGGCAGUGGCCCCCAAAUAAAGAAAUGGCAGCGCCGUUUUGAUGAGCAAUAUGAUGUCAACCUCUUUGAAGUUGACGAUUUAUACGAUAUCAAUAUUGUUGGCUCCAUGCUCAAGGCCUGGCUACGAGAACUGCCAGAUGAGCUGUUUCCCAAAGAAUCGCAGGAUCGCAUUGCAAGAGAAUGCGCUGGCUCAGAAGAGGUCCCGCAGCUGCUCAUUGAUGAGCUCGCCAACUUGUCGCCCUUCAACUACUAUCUCCUCUUCGCCAUCACUUGCCAUCUCAGUCUGUUACUUGCUCACUCGGACAAGAACAAGAUGGACUUUCGCAAUCUGUGCAUCUGUUUCCAACCCUGCAUGAAGAUUGACGCUUUUUGCUUCAAGUUUCUUGUUUGCGACUGGAGGAACUGCUGGAAGGGGUGCAAGAACGAAGCUAAAUACAUUGAAGAGGAGUACAAGUUGUUUGAUCAACCCCCGCCCAGAGGUCUUUCGGAGCCGGCGCAGCUGAUCAGCAACCUCGAGUCACGCAAUGUAUCCUCGUCUGAUAGCAACCGGGAUGGCAGAGAGGAGUUUCACGAUGCUCAUGCCACCAGCGGACCACCCAAUGACUCGGAUUCGGCCAGCGAAAGAACCGGCGAUCCAGAAACAAGACCAAAGACGGCCGGCAUGCGCCCCUUGUCGCCAAUCAAGCCGCUGUCCCCGCUGGGAUUCUGA